AAGCUGCAUAGACGAUCUUUGUAUAGCGACGUGUGAACGACGUGUCACCGCGGCCGCGGGUGGUGAGGGAAGUUUUGCUUCUCAGAUGUGCUAAGUGGAGUACCGCAGGCUGUAAAAUGGACCGUUAAGACACCAUGUCCCCACUGCACAGGUCAGAAUGCAGUGGAAAAAAUACACGAGUGGCUGCGUCUUCAUCUUUCUUUUCGUUUUGACUUAUUUCACCAACAAGUUUGUCCUUUCGGUGUUAAAGUUUACAUAUCCGACUUUAUUUCAAGGAUGGCAGACAUUUAUCGGUGCCCUUCUUCUCCUCCUCUUCGGAAAGCUGGGUUGGGUGGAGAUGAGUCGCAUCAACCGAACAGCAGCUCUGCCCUGGCUUCCGGCCUCGCUCAUCUUUGUGGGAAACAUUUACGCCGGUUCCAGGGCUUUAUCCCGCCUGGAAAUUCCGUUUUUCUUUACACUCCAGAAUUCCUCUCACGUCGUGAGUCACACGAUCCUGAAGGUUGCCCACCGAGAGAAGAUCCAUUGGCUGAAACUUCUCAGUCUAUUUCUCAUGCUGAUUUCAGCUGUCAACCUUCCCUAUUGCGACCUGCAGUUUGAGCUAAAUGGUUACCUGUGGGCAGUGGUACAUCUGGUCUGUGUCGGUGCAUACAGGGUGUUCAAAAGCCACUAUAAGCCAAGUAAUCUAAGUGACCUGGAGCAACAGUGCAUUGACUAUUUGUUCAGUGUCCUGCUGCUGGCUGUUGCUUCUCAUCCAACAGGCGACCUUCUGGGUGUCUUGGAGUUUCCCUCUCUCCAGUCUCACACAUUCCACUGUGGCUGUUGUGCCAGUGCACUGCUGGGGUUUCUUCUGCUGUUGGCCACCUCCAAACUAAAAACUGGACUGUCACUGGAGCACUUUAGGAUCUGGAGUUUUUUGUCAAAGAUUACUGCCAUUUGCUUUUCACCAUUUGUUUUCUCAGUAAAGAUGAAUGCUCCAUCUGUGAUGUGUGUGGUCGUCAGUCACGUGGGGGAGGCACUGCUGCUGUAUACUGACAGAGAACCUCAGCUGUGACAGUCAUCUGCCAAAUUUAAAAACAGAAGUUAUUUUUUAUAGGAAUAUUUUUGUACUCUCAAGUGUACGGGGAUGAAAUAAAUCUAUUUUAUAAAUCUA